GAAAGAGGUGCGGUUGCCCAAGCUCAUGGCGGUGCUGUUGGUAGGGUCUGGCCGCAUGAUGCGGCCACCGGGUGGGUCACUUUGGCAUCUCUUGCCUCGCGGACUCUGGCUUUGGGGCCCGGCGGAGGGGACCGCAGGAGUUUUUCUGAGGCAGUUCUGCGCGCGGCCGAUGGACGUGCGGCGGGCUUCGGGGCUCGCUGGCAACUGCCUGGGAGGCCGACUCCUUAGCACAGCGAUGCCGCCACCCCCGGGGUCGUCAGGGCCCGAGCCGAAGAGAAGCAGAGACCCCACGCGCCCCUCGAAGCCCGGGCCUGUUUCCUGGAAGUCUUUAGCAAUCACGUUUGCUAUUGGAGGAGCUUUAUUGGCUGGAAUGAAGUACUUCAAGAAAGAAAAGGCAGAGAAGCUAGAGAAGGAACGGCAUCGAAGCCUUGGAAAGCCUUUACUUGGGGGUCCAUUUUCUCUCACGACUCAUACGGGGGAGCCCAAAACUGACAAGGACUACCAGGGUCAGUGGGUAUUGAUUUAUUUUGGUUUCACUCAUUGCCCUGAUAUCUGUCCAGAAGAACUGGAAAAGAUGAUUCAAGUCGUGGAUGAAAUAGAUAGCAUUCCAAGUCUGCCAAAUUUAACUCCGCUUUUCAUCACCAUUGACCCAGAGAGGGACACAAAAGAAGCCAUCGCAAAUUAUGUGAAAGAAUUUUCUCCCAAACUGGUUGGCUUGACUGGCACAAAAGAAGAAAUUGAUCAAGUGGCCAGAGCAUACAGAGUGUAUUACAGCCCCGGCCCCAAGGACGAAGAUGAGGACUACAUUGUGGAUCAUACAAUAAUAAUGUACUUGAUUGGACCAGAUGGUGAGUUUCUAGAUUAUUUUGGCCAGAACAAGAAGAACGCAGAAAUAGCUGGUUCAAUUGCUGCACACAUGAGGGCGCACAGGAAAAAGAGGUAGCCAAAGCAGCAUUGUUGGAUGCAAUAUUCUCUUGCUAAAGAGGAAGGAAACUUUGUCUCCCGUUAGAGCCAAUGUGUGUAUAUAUAUGUGCAAACUACAGAAUGGCCUUCUUACCAUGAGGACAUCUAUAUUUUGGACGGGUAUGUUACCCUUGGCUUUAGCCAAGAUCAAUUCUUGGAAAUGUAAAGAUGACAACCAAGCAUCUCCCAAACAGCCGUCAUGAGACUGGAGGACCAAGUUAAAGUGGAGCCACUGCAGAGCAGACCUCCCAGCGGCAGGAUGCAGCAGCGGGAGGCACAGCCGUGCAGGGCCCUCAUGAGCAGGGCCCAGGGAGCAGCUUCACUGCCUCUCCAUUGCCUUGGACCCUUGCUCACACAGGUUGUGGGACUGAAUUUCACAGAAAGGGUGUAAUUUUCAUAGAGCCCUUGCUUUCCUCUACUUGAGUUCUUUGCUGUUCUGAGUUCCUGGUGGCUAGUAACAGUUGAAUUAGGCUUCCUGCCAUCCAGAGUUAAUCAUUAUACUUGAAAGCAUGAAUGAAGUCUUCCUUGUUAAUGAAUAUUAUUGUCAGGUUUGCAUUUCAUUCCCCUGUCAGCAGGUGUACAUGAGACUAAUGAAGAGGAAAUCUAUUGCUGGGAGAAACUGUUAAUUUGGUUUCUCUAGGUGCCUUUUAUGUGAUUUUUAGCUAACUGAUUUGUAAGCUUUUGAUGGCACACCAAUGGAAGUCGGUGGUAUUGAUUAUGAGUGUGACACAGAGUACUUUUCUGCAUAUUCUGGAUUGCACUUUGGGCAAAAUAAAGUUUUACAACUCAGAUAA